AUGUCUCCAAUUACUUCUUCAUGUUCUUCCAUUGAGCAUUGUUCAAAUCUUGAAAACUUUCUUCACUCAGUAACUCCUAUUAUCAAGCAUGAUUUUGUUCCUGUGAAUGACAGCAAAGAAGUAGAAGCAAAGAGUGGAUUGAAAAAUAAAGAAGACAUUAAGCUACAAGAUAUAUGGGAAGUUUAUGAUGAAUGGAGCAGUUGUGGUGUUGGUAUCUCAGUUAUACUAGAGAGUGGUGAAAGCAUUGUUCAAUAUUAUGUUCCUUAUCUUUCUGCAAUCCAGAUUUUUAUUAAAAAAUCCACAUCAUCAACUUCCUCUCAUCAUGAUGAUGAUGAUGCAAGCACAAAGUCAAACGACAAGAAUCUUAAAAGUGACAACAGUUGUUGUUCAGGCGACCAUGAUCAUCUUUACGUACAGUUUUAUGAAUCUUGUUCUCCAUACCUGCGGGUGCCGUUUCUGGAUAAAAUUAUCGAACUGGCUCAAAGUUAUCCUGGACUAUUAACAUUUUGUAUCAAUGAUAUAUCUCCAGCUAGUUGGAUGUCUAUUGCAUGGUAUCCUAUCUAUCGUAUCCCAGCUAGCAUUAACAGCACCAAGGAACUUUGCACUUGUUUCCUCACCUUCCAUGCUCUAUCAUGCUCCUUCCAAGAUAACAAUGAAGAAGGCGAUCGUGAGAGUGGACAAGUGUUGGAUCUUGUUCCGUUCGGUCUAGCAACUUACAAAAUGCAAAGCCAUGUGUGGAAUAAUCGCGACAAAGGUGACGACGAAAAGAUUAAAGAGUUGGAGAGUGCUGCUUCAUCAUGGUUGAAACAACUUCAUAUCCAACACCAUGAUUUCAUCUUUUUUACCCAAUAACUAGCUUGAUUGAUUGAGCAUGUCAAGAUGCAAUUUGUUGGGAUUUUUCUAGUUACAAGUUUUGACUUAUCA